AUGGAUCACCUGCUGAUGGUGUUGGUGUUGCUGUGGAGCUCAGGAAAAUGCAUCUCAACAGGUGUUCAGUGUGAAACCACAGCUGAGGUUGACAUUGUGCUGUUGGUGGAUGGCUUCGGGAGCUUCGACCCUACCACCUUUACAACCAUCAAGUCCUUUUUGGCUAGACUAGUCAGAGGCUUUGACAUUGGCCCGGACAAAGUCCAGAUUGGUAUGGUUCGGUACAGUGAUGUCCCAAGGACCGAGUGGAACCUGAACACCCACCAGAGCAAUAACUCCCUCCUGGAGGCCAUAGAUGAUCUGCAACAGGAAGGAGGAGGCACCAUGACAGGACUUGCUCUGGACUACAUCCUCCAUAACAGCUUUGAAGCCAAUGUGGGAAUGCGAGCAGACUCCCAAAAAAUAGCAGUCUUGAUCACUGAUGAAGAGUCCACCGAUGACCCAUUCCUUCCCUCAAAGAACAUGAAGGACGCAGGCAUUGAGGUCUACGCUAUCGGUGUAAAUGAUGCAGAUGAGACUGAGCUGCUUUCCAUUGUCUCCGAUCCUGAUGAAAUUCACAUGUAUAAUAUAGUCGACUUCUCACUCCUGUCCAUCGUUGACGGCCUCACCAUCAACAUCUGUAAUGGCGUGAAUGGCUUGGGUGUUCAGUGUGAAACCACAGCCAAGGCUGACAUCGUGCUUUUGGUAGACGGCUCCUCAAGCGUCCUGUUUAUCUUUGGAACCAUCAAGACGUUUCUCACUGGGAUAGUCAGCGUCUUUGACAUCAGCCCGGACAGAUUCCAGAUUGGUCUGGUUCAGUUCAGUGAUUUCUCAAAGACUGAGUGGCACCUGAACACAUACCAGGACAAAUAUUCCCUGCUGAUGGCCAUAGCAAAUCUGGAACUGCAACAUGGAAACACCAUGACAGGACCUGCUCUGGACUACAUCCUCCAGAACAACUUUAAACCCAGUGUGGGAAUGCGAGCAGACUCCCAAAAAAUAACAGUCUUGAUCACUAAUGAAGAGUCCGGGGAUCAUGUACUCCUCCCCUUGCAGAACCUGAAGGACGCCGGCAUUGAGGUCUACGCUAUAGGUGUGAAUGAAGCCAACGGCUUGAAGCUGAGGUGGAUUGUCUCAGAUCCCACUGAAAGUCACAUGUACCAAUCUUCGGAGGACUUGCUCCUGGACUUCAUCAACAAACUCACCAUCAACAUCUGUAACAGCGCUAAUAGCUUAGUGUUUUUUAGGCUGGUAAACGGGACUGAUCUGUGUUCAGGACGACUGGAGGUGAAGUCUAACCAGUCUAACCAGUCUAACCAGUUGUGGUCCUCAGUGUGUGAAGAUGACUUUGACCAGCAGGAUGCAGAGGUGGUCUGUAGGGAGCUGGGAUGUGGGGCUCCUUCAGUCCUCCAGGGGGCACUCUAUGGAGAAGUGGAGGCUCCAAUGUGGACCAAAGAGUUCCAGUGUGGAGGUAACGAGUCUGCUCUCCUGGACUGUAGAAGCUCAGACUCAGAUAGAAACACCUGCUCAUCUGGCAAAGCUGUUGGACUCACCUGCUCAGAUCCUGUCAGGUUGGUGGGAGGAUCCAGUCGCUGA